AUGACUAUCAGUUGCUUUUCCCUGGUGAUAGAAGGUGAUCGUCAGGCCUCGGAUCAAACAGAACUACUUUUAAGGUGCCGCCCCGAGAAGCAAAGCUCCUUCCAACCACCUGUGAGUGGAGGACUGCCCAGCACCAGGGGUCUUAGUACGGACUUCUGGAAGCUAUCUCGGCGCCGGUGCUCGCAGCGAGGGCCUCUUCAGCUUCGUGCCCACCCCGUCGUGCUCCCGGAAUGUUUUAAAGGAAGUUGGGCUAUUCACAAGUUACUACAUAAGAAAGCAAAGGAUGAAAAGGCAAAGCAAGAAGUAUCUUCCUGGACCGUUGAAGGUGAUAUUAACACUGAUCCUUGGGCAGGGUAUCGAUAUACUGGUAAACUGAGACCACAUUAUCCACUGAUGCCAACAAGGCCAGUUCCCAGUUACAUUCAAAGACCAGAUUAUGCUGAUCAUCCCUUAGGGAUGUCUGAAUCUGAACAGGCUCUUAAAGGUACUUCUCAAAUUAAGUUACUCUCAUCUGAAGAUAUAGAAGGAAUGCAACUUGUAUGUAGGCUUGCUAGAGAAGUUCUGGAUAUUGCUGCUGGGAUGGUUAAACCAGGUGUAACUACUGAAGAAAUAGAUCAUGCUGUACACUUAGCAUGUAUUGCAAGAAAUUGCUAUCCUUCUCCUCUGAAUUACUAUAAUUUCCCAAAGUCUUGUUGUACCUCAGUGAAUGAAGUUAUUUGCCAUGGAAUUCCAGACAGACGACCUUUGCAAGAAGGAGAUAUUGUUAAUGUGGACAUCACUCUUUACCGCAAUGGUUAUCAUGGGGACCUGAAUGAGACAUUUUUUGUUGGAGAUGUGGAUGAGGGAGCACGGAAACUAGUACAGACGACAUAUGAGUGCCUGAUGCAAGCUAUUGAUGCAGUGAAACCUGGUGUUCGAUACAGAGAAUUGGGAAACAUUAUUCAGAAGCAUGCUCAAGCAAAUGGAUUUUCAGUUGUACGAAGUUAUUGUGGGCAUGGAAUUCAUAAGCUUUUUCAUACAGCUCCUAAUGUACCCCACUAUGCCAAAAAUAAAGCUGUUGGAGUGAUGAAGUCAGGCCAUGUAUUUACAAUUGAGCCAAUGAUUUGUGAAGGUGGAUGGCAGGAUGAAACUUGGCCAGAUGGUUGGACUGCAGUGACGAGAGAUGGAAAGCGUUCUGCUCAGUUUGAGCAUACUCUGCUGGUAACAGACACUGGCUGUGAAAUCCUGACCCGGAGACUUGAUAGUACACGGCCUCACUUCAUGACCCAAUUUUAAUUUUUCCCAAGAUGGCACAUCUCAAAAAUAUCUUCUUACUGUACUAUGGAUUUUACUGAGAGUACAGAAAGGAAGAGGCAAUUUUUGUAUCACUUGUUUUGACUUUAGAAAAGAAUGUUCUACAGCGUUUGAUGUGAAUACUCAAGAGCUUGUCUUGAGUCUGAAAAAGCUGAGAAGAAUAAAAGAAACAUUCAACUCCUUUCAAUAUUUGCCCUAACUCUUGUUCUCUGAACAACUCUUUUCUCAUUUUACCCUUGAGCACUUUUAUUUAAAUCCGCUUCUAGUUGCCAUUGUCACUGCCACAGACCGGCCAUCAAGAGCCAGCUGUUUUCCAGUGAAUGUUGAAGAUGAAAAUCCUUGAAACUCUAGCAACAUCUGUUGCUCCAAUUUUUUUAUUUUAUAUAUAUGUGGAAACACACACACACACACACACACACACACACACACACACACACACAUUUUAAAUUCCAUAUACAUAAUUACGAACACUAUGUGACCUUUGGUUGAGGUUAAUUCUACUCUGACAGUUUUACUUGCUGUAAUAAAUGGAUCCAUAGUUUAUAGUGACUUAAGAUAAAUGUGGUAAAAUUGAGUUCAGAAGCAUAUCAAGCUUUUUAAAGUCUAGUUCAUGGCAAAAAUAGCUAUGCUCCAGAUGGUGGCUGACUGUUGCAAGGCAUAAGAAAUUUGUAGUGCACUGCUAUAUCAGACUUUUAUUUGGUCAGAAAUCAGAGGGGAAAAGCCCUCUUACUUCCCCUCUUUUUUUUAUUUCAAAGGCAUACCCUUGAAACACUGAGAAAUGGUGGAGAUUGCACUGUGAAGGAUGAUGGGGAAAGAGUACUGAAAUGUUUUUUGCUGUGAACACAGAAAAUCAGGGGGCCAUGAGAGUUUUGAUAAACCUAAUAGUGAUGAGGAAGGGACUUUCUUGAGUACUAACCUUGCAGUAGGAAUACUGCUUGCUGUCUGUGGUGUGCUGAAAAUACAUAGCACCUAUUCAUAAUGGAGAGCCACAUUAGAAAUAGUUAUGGUUGCCCAGUAUUCAUUUAUUUCAGCAGUUGUUCACUGAAGACAAGAUGGAUCAUUAAGUCAUUGUCAGUAGAUUAAUUGGUGUACUUGAUUACUGGGUAUUGGAUGACUCUUGUAAUUUGAUACCACUGAACAUUAUACUUGUAAAAGAAAAUCUUUCCCAGAGUGCCUCAGACCUUACUGCUUUAAGAGAAUUAUGAUAAUGUUUUCAUUAUUUUUAUUAUUUUAAUGAUUUAGUAAAGUGACUAAAUCUGGUAUAGACUUUCGGGAAUAUGUGUGUAAAGUUUUUAUCAAACUGUAAUAUUUGUGAAAUGGAAUGCCUUGUAAUAUGAAUGUUAAUAUAAUGUGUAAAGGGAGAUUAAAAAGUUUAAAUAAUUAUUCUACCAUGUAUUCAUUAACUUUGCUUCAUUUUAUUUGGUAUCAGAGGGAAUUGGUGGAAACAGAGAGGCUAAUUUCAUAAUCAAAAACAAACUCGAAAUCAUUUGAGCACAAAUAAUUUUUCAGGAGUGACCACACCAUAAUUAUAGUAUUGCACUUAAUCUGUCAGCAACAUCUGAAAUUUAGCCAUAUUUUUCAGAGCUUUUAAUACUGAGAACAUUGAAUAUUUAGGGGAACAUUUUAUAUUGUAAUAGUGAAAUUAACAGUUGUGGGCUUAUUCAUUGUCUAUUAUUAGAACAUAAGGUCAAAGAAAAUAUCUUGAUAGGAUGGUUUCAUGGUAAAAAAUACAACAUUACACUGUAAUAAUGCCUUUUGAGUUUGGAAGAUUUUUAAACAAUAUGGGCCCUAGUCUACCAAAUUAUAAAUUGUAUUAGUUACUGUUUAAUUACUGGGACAAAAUAGCUGACAAC